AUGCAUAAGGAAUGGGCUGCUUUUAAAGCAUUCAAGAAGAAAGCCGCUGAGGAUGAGGACCGAGCUGCCCUGCUGAGGGCUAAAUUAGAAGCUGAUCAGGCCAAAUUUGAGAAUGACCGAAAAACUAAAGAAUGGUCGGUUGCGGGAUGGAAGAGAAAAGCAGAAGCUGAGGCUGCCCUUCUUUCCAAGGAGCGCAAAAAUUGGAAAGAGAUUUUUGAGAAAGAUAAUGCUGAGAAGAUGAGCCUCCGCAAUGUUAUCAACAAUUUUAAAGCUGAAGUUGAGAAGUUGAAAAAACAAGAUGCGGAGUUUGAAAAAUUGAAGAAAGAAAAAGCUGAAGCUGAGGCAGCGUGGGAUGAGGCGCGUUCCCAUAGGGAAAGGAGUGAACAUAGAGAGGUACAUACCUGCGCUACUCUUGCUCUUAGGGAUAAGGAGAUAGAAGAACUUAUUGCUUUAUUAUCUGAGCAGGAACAACUUAAAACGGAGGUUGAGACUGCCAAAAAAGAUUUAAAUCUUGAGCGGACCAAACAGGCUGAAACUUCCCUCCUUCUUACUGAAAUAGAAGAUAAGUUGGAGAACUCUGAAACAGCGCGAGCAACGGCGGAGAGUGAGCUUGAACCGUUGAAGAGUGAUAUGCUAUGGUUGAAAGAGCACGGGAUUGCAAGCGUCGCUGAAUCAGUUCUUAAUUCUGAAGAACUAGACAAGACAGUUGCUCAUUUGUUGGUUGUCUGGGACACUAGUAAGUCUGCAACCCAUGGUGUUAAUACUGAAGCUGCUCUCGCUGCUGCGAAGACACAAUUUAAUACUUUACAGCUUCCGGUCAUGGAUCUUAUUAAUGCCGCGCUACAUUCUGAAGAGUUUAUGACGCGUUUAAGAGAAAAUUUGCCAGACAGGGAAGAAGGUGAAGACGAAGACCUAGCUUAG